UGUUGUGCGAAAAUCAGUAAUAUUUUCUGUUAUUGUGACUACUCAGAAUUGUUCAAAAUGUCGGCGGUGAAGCACUUGUUUGAGACGAAAGAGAUGUCCGACUGCAGUUUCAUGGUGGGAAAAACGAAUGCACAGCUCGUCUUAGGACACAAAAAUAUCAUAUCAGCAGCUUCUUCAGUCCUCCGAGAAAAGCUCAAAGCAGCAGACACUGACAAUCCUAAAGUAAGCUUGACUGAUGUUGAGCCCGAAAUUUUCCAGUUAAUGUUGAAGUACAUCUACACCGACCGUGUUGAAGUUGACUCUGAAACAGCUUAUGAUUUGGCUGAAGCGGCAAAGGUCUAUGAAAUUCCAGAGUUGAUAAAAAAGUGCACUGGGUACAUUUCUGAUAACCUGACGACGAAGAAUGUUCUCCGAGCUUACAGUCUUGCUCUUCAAUCAAGUGAUAAAGAAGAUUUAAAGAAGAAAUGUGAAGAGCUGAUAAAAGCUAAAGCUAAAGACGUGCUCGCUGACAGUACCUUUGAAGAAACUUGCCUUGAUGUGGUUGUGGCAGUUUUCUCACUGGAGUCUCUAGAUAUUGAAAGUGAGCUGGAUCUCUUGAACGCAGCUGACCGCUACGCCAAGCACAUCACUAAGUGUAACAAUGUGGACAGUGAAACCCUCGAUAUUCGUAAAGUCUUACAAAAAAUUCGCUUUCUCUCUCUGACUCCUACUGAAUUUGCCAAAGGUCGAGCUGCCACAACCGUUCUCUCUGACUCGGACGCUUGCGCAAUCCUUGCUAACAUAGCAUAUGAUAAAUCAUCGACUAAAAUGCCCGCGGGUUUUUCACUUCGAAAAGAUCCCAGAAAAACAAAGAUGAAUAUAAAUAUAUAUGAAAGGUCCUCUGAGAUACAAUUUAAAUUCCCUGUAUUGGAUAUUCAAAAUGUAAUCGAAAAAGUGGAAAAGAAGUGGUCCGACAAAUUCACGGUAUCAAGUUUAAAAUGGAAAGUUUAUAUCGAUUUUAAGGUUAAAGAUUCUAAAAAAUUUUUAAGUAUAUAUUCGUAUACUAAUUGGGAUAGCGAUUCCAAAACAUGGUCUUGUAAAGCAGAAGUAGAAUUUAAGCUACUACGCACUGAUGAGGAUAAACCUUUUAGUCGUGUAUUUAAUCAUGAAUAUACCCAUGACACUAAUGAUUGGGGCUACCCAGAAUUCAUUGAGACAUCUCAGUUGCUGGAUCCCAAGAAUCAUUACAUAAAAGAUGGGGCCGUUACUUUCCAGGUUCGUAUAAAGGCUUACGAACCACAAGGGCUGUAACUUUAAGAUUUCUUUUGUAAACAAACUAAAUGUAUUAUUGUUUGCUGAAGGUAUGGUAUGGUAACUAAACAAUUAAAAUUCUCCGUCUAAUAAUAGUAGCCUGAAAUAAAUUAUGGAAACAUUGUGUUAAAAUUGUAUUGUUUCAAAUAAAUUGCGUCUUUUCAAACUA